GGCAGAAGCAGAGGGGAGAGAGGAGCGAGGUCAAAGUGGCAUUCUCAAAGACGAGCUGACUACUUUUGGUGCUAAAAAAACAGUCUCAGGCUCUCAGCUCUCAACUCGUUGCGUGCUUCCCUACUUGCCUUCCCCUCCCUCACUCAGGAAGGGGAUUCCUUUCGGACUUUACAGAGAUGGAUUUCUAAGCAUGACGUCAAAUCAUGGACUCUGAUCAUUGCUUAUUCGGUUCCAGGCUAUUUGGAGAAAGUAAGAACUUGAGCGUUGUAAGUAAGUUAAACAUGAUAAGGCGGUCGCCAAGUCGGAACCAGCGGUCCAAAGGCAUCAAGGUGAAGCAUGUUCUGCAGAUUAUUCUGUUGCUUUGUGUUUGCUUCUGGUUGAUCUAUCAGAUUAAGCACUCACAUGAUAAGAAGAAGGAAUUUGAUGACAAUACUGCACAUCAGAUUCCAAAACUUGGUAGAAAAGACCUUAAUGCACAAAAGGUUGAAAUAAAUCAAAAUGAAAAGCAUGAGGAAGAAGUGGAAGAUGAGAAUAUCGUGGAGGAAGAGGAUGAAAACAAGCAUGAACUCCAUGAACAAGAAGAAUUACAAGAAGGAAAAGAAGAGAGCCAGCACGGAGUGAGGGGACAAGAGGAAGAGCAAGAUGAAGAUGAAAACAAAGGUGAGGAGAUGGAAGACAGACAAGAGGUAGGAGAUGACGAGAUAGCUGAAAAGGAUAAAGAGAAUUCAGGGAGGGAUAUUAAUCAUGACGAGCUCAUUGAGGAAGAGAAAGAUAAAGAAGAGGAGAGUGAGGAUGAGGAAAAGGAGGAGGGUUCAGUUGAAAACCACAACACUCAUGAGGCCCGGGAGGAGCAUUACAAGGGCGAUGAUGCCUCCAGUGCUGUGACUCAUGAUACUCAUUCAAGUAGCACUGAAACUGAGACUACUUUUACAGAAGAAAGUAGCGGGAAUCAAACUGAUUUGGAUAUUAAGGUCACAGGAGCUCAACUGAUGCCGGGGGAAACGUCUAACACAACUUCUGGUAAAGAAACUGUAAACAAGACUUUGCCCAUCCCAGCGGAUAGUUCAUAUCUAAAUAAUACCAACAGAACACAUUCUCACAAUAACUCGGAGACAAGCAGUAAUUUGACAGUAGCACUAGCAGCCAGUGCUGCCAGCAAUAACAUGACAGGAACUGGAGCUGACACUUCAUCUAAACAGAAUAAUACGGGGAUAUUUUCCGAAUCAGACCAUGCUCAAAAUAAUACAGUGAAUGUAACAGUCACAGGAGAAGGAACAGAGCAGGGAGGCAAUAGAGGAUCUGAAGAAAACCUUCCUGAUUCUGAGGCAACAGACCCUAUCAAAACAGAAAAUGGAGAUGUCGAUGCAGCUGCUGGUGAAUUCCAAAAGGUAACAAGAUUUGUAGCAUUAAACAAAACUGUGAACAAGGAUAACAGUGAAACAAGCAACACAAGGAGUAAUUCAAAUUUGAACAUGAAGAACACAGAUGUCAACGACAAUGACAAUGAGAAAUUGAAGGAUGACACUCAGACAGGUGAAAGUGGAGAAUCAUCAGAGUCAUUCACUGGGAAGGGAACUACUGGUUCAGAUGAUCAUAAUGCUACUGAUUCUCAUGUUAUCAAGGAUGUGAUGACUGAUCCGGAUAAGUUGGCCGGUAUUAGAAAUGGAAUAGAUAAUAGUGACAAAAGUGCAAUAGAAUAAACUCGUAACAUGGUCAUGUUUUGUAAGUGAUAAAGUUGUUCUUUUUAACCUUGUGUAGUUAGCCAAACCCUUCCACUUGAACCCCUUGUAAGUGUGUUUGAAAAACGUACUAAGGUAGUUUGGUGGAUAUUCAUAUCAAAGUCUUUAAUUCUUUGGUAGAUUA